AUGGCCAUGUUCCAGUCGAAAGUUAGUCCUAGUCCAACACGCAGCAGCAUCAAAGAAGCCAACGACCACUUGCAGCUAUUACACGUCAAAGUUGUUGAACUGGAGCGCACAGUGCAAGAGCAGGCAGAGGCCUUAAUCAAGAAAGACGAAACGAUGCAAGCACGCAUCCGCGACGUUGGCGAUGCGAAGGAUGCUCGCAUCGCAGAGCUGGAAUCUCAACUUGCUGCUGCCGAAGAGCGCGUCAAGAAAUACGACGAAAUGAUUCGAGACCGCGACAUGCAGAUAGAGCUCCUUACACAUCGGUAUUCACUUGUGGACGAAGUAGCAGCGUAUACGCCGGUAGUAGAAAAGCUUUUGACGGCAAUGCGGCGGUUACCGACGAAGACAGCCCGAAAUUCGGGAACCGGCUCACGGCCACGAUCGAGAUCUAAUUCUAAAGGGACUGUUGUUCUAGGAAGAUCGGAGAGGAAAAUGUCGACGCCAGACACGCCAAAUCACGACGGCGGAGGUAACAGCCUGAUGAUUGACGGACAUGGUCUGUCUGAACUGAGAAUUGGCAGAAGCUUCAACAUCAACAGCAAUUUCUCUGCGUCUGAUGACGACGGUGACACAGUAGGAGCUAUGCUGUGA